CCUAGCUUUCGUUGAAUUAUCUUAUCCUGCGUAGCGUUUUAAACCUCAGAUUUUAUUGCAGAAAGGAUUCUGGGCAACCUGCGAGUCCGUCCGACAAUGGAGACCUGCUGCGCUAGAGCGGCGCAGACAUUCUUCCAUUUCAAGCCGGCUUUAGUACACCUUUCACCUUCUUCUGUUUCACUGGUCCAAAGCCGUACCUAUAAACCCGUUGAGAAAAGAGGUCAAUUUCCAUCAGUUUUGUCUUCUCGUCACUCGCCUCGCCGGACAAUUUUGGCAUCCUCAGCUCCGGCGACGGCUGACAACACCGUUGAUGACAAGCUUCCUGCUGAUAUUUUAGUUACCGAAACCCCUGAACCCAAUUCGAGGGUCAGAGUGAGUGUAGAGGUUCCUGCUGAAGUAUGCGAUGAUUGUUACAGAAGAGUGAUUAAUGAGUUUAUGAAACAUGCAAAGGUCCCUGGGUUUCGCCGGGGGAAGAAUGUUCCAGAGAGUAUUCUUGUUGGUUAUGUCGGGAAGGAAAAUGUUAAAAGGGCUACAAUUGAAUCUAUCUUGAGGAGGACUCUUCCACAUGCCAUGUCAUCGGUAAGUGGAAGAGCCUUGGAAGAUUCAAUCCGCAUUUCAACCAAAUUUUCUGAGAUGGAGAGCUCCUAUUCCUCCAUGAGUUCUAUGAGGUACGAUGUUGUUGUUGAUGUUGUGCCUGAACUGAAAUGGAUUCCUGAGGAUGGAUACAAAAAUUUGAAGAUUGUUGUUGAGAUAGAUAAGGAAAUAGAUGCUCAGACUGCAAUGGAACAAGAAUUAAGACGCCGUCACAAGGCCCUUGGUGCACUAAGAAUAGUAACUGACAGAGGGCUUGAGAUAGGUGACGUUGCAGUCCUUGAUAUAACAGCCAAAACAAUAGAGCAAGACGAAUCAGCUGUCCAAAGCAUCCCUUCUGCUGAGAGCAAAGGCUUCCAGUUCGACACCGAAGAUGGGAAUAACAUCCUUCCAGAUUUCCGGGACUCAAUAAUUGGGAUGGAACGGGGUGAAACUAGAUCGUUUCCAUAUUGCUUUCCUGAUUCUUGGAAGCAAGAGGAUCUUCGAGGAGUGCGUGCGCAGUUCACUGUGGAGUGCAAGGAACUGUUCUACAGAGAUUUGCCUCAACUGACCGACUCAAUUGCUGAAAAGAUGCUGCCUGGAUGCGAAACCAUCGAUGAGGUUAAGGAAACCUUACUGCAAAAAUUUCUUGAAGUGGAGCAAACAGCCAAAGAACAAGCUACAGAUAAUGCUAUUCUCGACCAGCUUCAUAAGAUGGUUGAGGUUGAUAUUCCACCUUCUCUGUUCGAAGAACAAGGCAGACAGCUGUAUGGAGCACAACUUCUGCAAAUUCAGGCAAACAUGAAAAUCAAUGAACAACAGUUGGCAUCUUUAUCAAGCCCCAAGGCGGUUCGGGAGUUCCUAGAAAAUCAGAAAGAGAAUAUAACCAGCAUUAUCAAGCAGAAUUUAGCCGUUGGUGACAUAUUCAAACGUGAAAAUCUGCAGAUAAUGACAGAGGAGCUAGUGAAGGAGGUUGAGAAUUCGAUUGCUGAAUUCAAACAACACAACCAAGAAUACGAUGAAGAGCGCAUCAAAGCACAGGUUGAAGAAGUGCUCGAGGGAGCAAAAGUGCUCGAAUGGCUGAAAGAACGUGCGGAUAUCACCUACAUAACAAAGUAACAACAUGCCUACCGUCUUUUGUGGGGCGGUGCAACAAAGAAAAUAUGCUAUUAAGGCAAUUGGGAAAUUGCAGUCCUCUUUGUUUCGGCGUUAAAUGGCCGGCAAACAUCUUUCCAGGUUAGUGUAUUUUGCCACUGCAUAUUCAUAGAUUAGAACUUUGCAGAAUGGAUAUUCUUUUAACUAUGGACUGCUAUUUUUAACUAUGUGAAACUGCGAAUUGAGAUUUCAAAUAGAUAAAUAAGAGUUUAAGCUGCA